AUGGCACCAUUGAGAGAAAUGCUUUUUGACAUUCCGCUCAUUAAAGACUUGGUGACAAAACACCUUUCACGAAAUGAACUCGCCAAAUGUGUUCUUGUAUCUAAAGCAUGGCAUGAAUGGUUUACACCUACGCUCUGGCGCACAAUCAUUUGUAGGACUGCUCCACCUCCUGCGAUAUCCGACCUACGGCGCUAUCAGCAUCUUGUCCGUUCCUUAUCAAUACUAAACACAACCAAAAUCCUACCCACACUUGAUCGAGACGGAUGGACAUUUCCCCGGCUCCUGUCGCUCGAGAUUCAGGUGGACAACUCUGCACACCGUCAUUAUUCAUCAUCGUCCCAUUUCAAGGAAGAAGAGGAACAUAUGCUAAACUUUAUUGAAAGCACACCCUCCUUAACUCAUCUACAACUUAACUUCAAGCGGCCAACAGUUCGAUUUUGGGAUCGACUGAUCCAACUCGUCCUCUUACCUCAUCCAGGUCUCCAGCAUCUGACAGUCGCAUGGAUCUACCCUAUCGAGAUGGAGUAUCUUUGGACCUUGGUGCAGUCUUGUAAAAGAUUGACUACUCUCAAACUCUGGCCCAUACCUCCCUCAUAUAAUGUCUGUAAACGAUCCUUCAAAACAUCUUCAAGCCUAAAAGGCCCCUCUUUUGAAGAGUCCAUAUCAGCCGCUUUAUUAUGCAAGAGCUUUUCCUCAGAUGAAGAAUUUCGUUCCAUGCGGGUAUUGGACUUUGGUACCUUAAAGCAUGGCGGCGAUCCCCGAAUCUUGAUAUGGCUAUUACAACGAUGCCCUCAUCUGGAAAAACUCAUUCUACGGUAUUCAUUUGCAAAAGACGCUCUGAAACAGAUAAUUUCGACCCUCGAGGGCCAGAUAUGUCUGCAUUUGAAAUGUUUGAUUCUCAGGAGCAUCUGUGAGGAUGAAAGCAUGGUUGGAGAACUACUGGAGGCUAUCGGCAGUAAUAAUAGUGGCAAUAAUGGUAAUAAUGAUAAUGCCUGUGGUAAUGAUAGUGAUGGCCUAAAUGUCAUCAACGACAAGCACAAAAGAAUCAGUGGCUGUGGCAUACUAAGAACUAAUGGCUCGCAAAGAGGAAAUCUUGGGUACGAGCAAUAUAUCAACGCCGAACGUGGACUUGUGUCGUAUGAAGCCAACUUCGCGCCAGGAAGUGGAAGACACCUGCUAGCCUUAACACGAUUUCAUGCCCAGACAUUGACUUGUCUCGAAUUACCUUCUCGCGAGAACCCUAUUGAUCUGAGGCUGCUCAUGAAGCUUUUAAGUAAGCUCCCAAAGCUACAGGUUGUCAACGUUUCAACAUGGUUAAAUGUCGAAGCAACCGUCGAUCCCGGAAAGUACCAAAAAUACAAUGAAGAUUUCAUUUUUGAUAAUGGGCCUCCAACGUGGACUUGUCUCGGACUACAGCAGCUGGAUCUACGGUUGCAAAUACAACUGGUAGCCUUCGCCGCAUCGCCUCCUCAAAGGUUGAGUAAUAGUGGUGACGAUCCAUCUCAUCAAUGUGAUAGGCGACUACAAUUACAAAAGUUAUUUGGGCAGGUUGGUGAAAUGCAGCAACUCAGGUCCUUCAAAUUGACCUGCAAUGAAAGCCUACUGCAUCUGUCUGAAGAUGGUUAUCUAGGUCAGCUGGCAGGGCUGAAGCGGCUUCGAAGGCUGGGGAUAUGGGGCUGCUAUGAUCUGAAGAUGGGGUUGUCGGAAGCACAGUGGAUUUUGGGUCACUGGAAGGAACUUGUCUGCUUGGAGACAGAGACUUUCAAGCGCGGGUUUGUCGUUGAUACGUUUAGAAACCACAUACGCGCAAAGAAGCCGUGGAUGAAGUUUUAA